UGGCCCACAGUACCCAGAGCGGCUGUGACUCUGCCACGCUGGAAUAUGCCACUUCACUGCACGGUAAUCGCUACCCCUUUGGCUGUGUAUCCCCGAACCACGCCAUAACGAGACGCAGUGUCAGAAUGGCUACAGACUUAUACAGGUAAAAGUGCACUGGGAUAAAGGACCAAAACACUCAACAGACCAGUGGCAGAAGCUCCAGAAUGAGUCACAUGACAUGAAGUGGCGUGACAUUCCACGCUGAAGACUCUAAUGGCAUGCAUUAAAAGUUUGCUUUUACUUGCCACAUGCUUUGGCUGAUCUGAUUCUACGGGUCCUCGCUGCUUAAGUGCCGUGAUUGGACAUCUUCAUUGUCAUGGCGAAGAUGACGGAAGCCCUCAACCUGUCCUUCCUCCUGGAGCAUGAGAGGGAGAUGAUCCUCAGUGUCCUACAAAAAGAUGAGAAACUUCGCAAGCGGGAGGAGAAGCGCAUAAGAAAACUGAAGAAUGAGCUAUUAGAGCUGAGGCGUGCGGGCCGGCGUGGCGAGGCAGCGCAGCGUGAGUGUGGCGUGUGUCUGCGCGCUCUUGGUCUCGUCCUGCACAGGGGCAGUGUGUGUGUUGAGUGUCAGCGCCGCGUCUGCAGCCUGUGCACCACUGUCUCACCCAGCAGCAGCCGCAGCAUGUGUGCCAUCUGCGCCAAGACCGCAGAGCUGAAGGUGGUCACAGGAGAGUGGUUUCUUGAGGAACGAGCCAAACGCUAUGACCACAGGACAGGCCCCAGCAGUGACGUGGUCAAACAGUCCAUUCUCAGCAUCCAGCCAGAUGGCCACUCUGGUCAAAGGACGCUUGGCCCAUCCGGGCUGGACCAGCUGGCUCCAACCCAAACCGAGCGCCCAACUACACCCCAGUCUGAACAGUCGGCCACGCCACAGUCUGAGAAGAGUGUGGGGAGAAAUUUGGGCAAGAGAAAAGGAGUCCUAGCUGUAGAGUCAUCAGGGUUACCGACCACACCCAAUAACAUGCGCUCACAAGGAGGCCGAUCACCGCACCAGGCAGAAGGGAGGAAAAGGCCUGAUGGGGCUGAGAGUGUAUUGAGUCUUCACAGCAGUGACAGUAUUCCUGACAAAAUUGGCAGUGGGCAGAACCGAUCAGACUCAGUCACACCUUCUAUCGCUGUGUCCAGAGCUUCUCUUUCAUCAGAUCGCAGUCGCUCUGAAGUUGACCUCAGUAAUCCAGGGGAGGGGUUUAAUAAUGACCCUCUGCCUGGCCGCUCUCGUUCAGUUCCAGGACUCAAUGAUGCAGACUCAGAUGAAGACAUUGAUGGCCUGAUGUCUGCCCAUUAUACAACCACCCGCAGUGUCUGCAGUGCUCAGUCUGUGUCUUCCACUCCAGGCUCGGAGCGAAAGUGGGGCUACCUUAAUGUGCCCAACUUGGAUGCCGAGACUGUGAGUGCUCUCGUUCUGAACAGUAUGAUGAGCGUGUACAGUGAGACAGGUGACUAUGGCAACGCGCAUGUUUCCGGAGAGAUCCUGCUCACCGUCUCCUACAGCUAUAAAACAGGAGCACUCAACAUUCUAGUGCGCGAAUGUCGCUGCCUAGCAACCGGUGAUGAGAGGAGACAGCGCACUGACCCCUAUGUUAAAACAUAUCUCCUACCAGACAAAUCCCGACAGAGCAAACGCAAAACCAGCAUAAAAAUCAACACCACGAACCCAGUAUUCAAUGAAAACCUAAGGUAUGUGGUGAGUCACUCCCAGCUGGAGACGCGUACUCUGCAGGUGUCCGUGUGGCAUCAUGACCGCUUCGGACACAACAGCUUCCUGGGAGAGACAGAGUUGACCUUUGACUCUUGGGAGUUUGACACUCAGAUAGAGGAGUGGUUCUCCCUGCAGCCCAGGACCGAGUGCUCUGCAGACUCUAUGAUGCAGUAUAAGGGAGAGCUCACCGUGGUUCUCAAGUACAUUCCUGCAGAGAGGAACCUCUCACUUCCACUGGACCAAAUACAAGUGAAAAGGGGAUUUCUGAAAGGGAAAAAGAACAUCACUCUCCCAAAAGGAGGAAUGGUGGAGCUGUUGGUUAAAGAAGCCAAAAACCUGACAGCUGUCAAAUCAGGGUCCUCUGACCCUUUUGUCAAAGGAUACUUGCUGCCUGAUGACAAGAAGAGCACGAAGCACAAGACCGCGGUAGUGCGACGCUCAGUGAACCCGCGCUGGAACCACACCUUCACCUACUGUGGCCUGCAGCACAGUGACCUGGACAGCGUUUGUCUGGAGCUCACCGUCUGGGACAAGGAGCCUCUCGCCAGCAACGUCUUCCUCGGGGGAGUCCGUCUAGGAGCUGGGACUGGGCUGAGCUAUGGGAAGGAGGUGGACUGGAAUGAUUCAUACGGGGAGGAGCAGCAGCUGUGGCAGCAGAUGAUUGACAACCCUGAGGUCUCCCAAGAGUGCACGCUCAUGCUGCGGUCCAGCAUGGCCAAGAGAAAGACAUAGAGGCGGCAGUGGGCAGACACACAUUAAUCAUGCAAUACUUGUCAAGAUCCUUCCACUCCUCACCACCUUAAAGAAAAAGUGCCCUUUGUGUACACAGAUAGAAGCCACAUUGUCAUCCACCCACCCCUACAAACACACACACACACACACACACAAACACACAUAUAUAUAUAGUCGUACAGAUCAGCUGUGACCAAUCACUGCAUCUAGAAUGAUAUUCAAGAAUAUGACCACACACUGUCAGUUGAUUCAGAUGCACCCUAUAUACAGGCCUGUGUCACCCUAGUACACUAACACACAUCAUGCAUAUACAAACAUUGCCAGAAUGCUGAAGAACUUGACUUCAUACAACAAGGCCAUGGCUGUAAACAGUGUCGUUAAAAAGGGCACAAUGUUUAAGGUGAAAACUUACAGCAAGAUAUCAGACACACAACAUAAUGAGGGCACAAAUUUGAAAAUUUGCACAUUGCACAAAACAUUGCAUUCAAAGCACAGACUUAUUAGGCACAAUAUAGACAUCAUGGUACUCUGAAUUCUAUUCUGACAUAGACACAGAAAAGCCUUUUUUUUUUGUUUUUUGUGAACAUAGAGAAUCUCUGCAGAUUUACUGUGGUCUAUUUUCAUGUGUGGUCUAUUUUCAUGUAGCGAUGACACCUCAAUGAUGAGAAACCAAUCCCACCUCAGUGAACUCAUCCAAACCCCCAUUUCAACCCUGCAUGCCUUGGGGUGGGGGGGAGGUGGUUCAUGAGUGACAGAUCUGAGUGUUCUGUUUAUCAGAUCAUCUUCAUGUUUGGAUGGAGACAGGCAUAAUGAUUCCAGUCUUGGAUGUUUACUUUUUAUGGAGUUCAAAGCCUGACAGAGAGGAAGAGAAAGUAUUUAAAUACAUUUGCACAAUGUGCAGAAGCACACAUACAUAUCCACCCACAUACACACCCACUGAAACACACACCACUGAUGCCCAGCAGAGUGUGGCAGCCCUUAUUCUGAGAUUUGAGCUGAAUUCUAAAAAUAUUCAAGCAGACAUGCUGGAGCCUUGGUGUCACUGUGAGAUUGUUGAGGUUUUCAUGAACAAUCAUUCCUUUUGUUUGCCUUUUGUUCCUAUUCCACACAGCAAGCCUUAAAAACACUACAUGACAUCAAAUUUCAAGCCUAAUUGUUGUUACAAUCUCCUGUGCAGUGUUUAUAGGGUUUUAUGAAUAGCAGAGUUUGGCUUCUAUAUGUUAAAUGUUAACCCACCGUGUGUGGUGUUGCCUGACUGUAAAGCAGUUAGACUCACAGCAUGUUCAGUGUUUAUGUGUAUAUUAUCUUCUCUGAGCAGGGACACGACAUGAUCCAUA